AGUACGUUAUUUGUGCUUAAAGUGUCUGUGUGUCGCCCAAGAAUUCCGUCGAUAUAAACACACCUGUCAUCCCUGGGGAUCCGACAGACAAACAGCCAACCACUGAAACCUGCAAUUUUACUAGUCAAUAUAUCGGUCGGCGAAGGUGUUCCCCAGAGAUACAUAUCAAGUAUAUAGGUGUAUACAAUACACAUAGAGUCAGCCAAGAGUCAGAGAAAGUUGUACAACAGCAGGACGGACACCACCUUCGCCAACUUCGUCAUCGCAAUAACUGCGGCAUAAUGUGGAUUAUAUGGUUCUUGGCCACCGCCUGUGCGAUGCUUUCCAUGCGAGGCGCGCACUCCAACGCCGGACUGACAAGCACCUCUUUCAGCAACGAGCUGCGCACUGGUUUCGCAAGGCUGUUCCAGAACGGCAUCGAACAGCCGCUGCAGCAGUCCCAGUUCGUGCUGCUCAACCCCACCGAAUUCCAGCCCGGCACGAGCCAGCUUGUACAGCGACCGCCGCCUUUCAGCCCGCUGGCGAGCACGGGUUACCAGUUACCGCGCCCUAGGUACGAGUUGCAGCAUCUGUCGUGGGUGAUUCCUUAUUAUUAUGUCCCUACCAGGUACCUGCCGCCGAGGGGUGGCAAGCGGCCCAACGACGUGCUGGUGAUCGUUGUCAAGACCAAAUCGAAUUGUACGACCCCAGCGGCCAACGGGACAACACCCGCGGACGGUGACAACGGCGGAGAUGAUGGAGACGACGGCAUCGACGACGACGGGCCGAAUCCGGACGACGAUGUCGAAGAAGUGACCAUCGUGGCAGGUGCCACGGAGAAGGGCAAGGAACCGUCCAGGUGCGUGUGGGCCAUUCUUUCGUGCUGCGCCCCAUCCAACACACCCAUCCGGUACACGUGUUUCGACGUGCUGGGCUGCAGCACCGCAUUCUGGGACACCAACCCUUGCGUUCCGGCCAUCAUCAAGACCGCUUUGGACCAGGCCACCCAGUACUACGGUACGACCAUGCCCACCAACCGCACCACCACGCCAGUGCCCACACCACCGGCCGUCCCGGCAGCGGCCUCCACCGAUAACGUGGCCUCCUUGAUGACCGGCACUUCCGCGGCCGCCACUUCACAGGUAGACCAGACCACACCGGCGGCCACCACCGUCGCUUAGUCGCCGUUUUCGUUGCAGUCCACGCUUCGCCACUCGUCCGACAAUCAAUCACCGACCAUAUAAUAUUUUACAGUCAACAUUUUACGUAUAACCUCUGAAGAUUUAACCAAAAAUCAUUUAGAACCAGAGGGUGCACUUCUGCGUUUACUGAUAACUCGAACCUACCUCAACGCAGUAGGACCACGUAUAUCUUAUUCUUUAUUUCUCGCAAAAAAGAAAACUGGGCCCACCUGAGACAUGUGGGAGACCACAUAUCAGGAAUAAAUUAUUGUACAACUCCCCCUUUACUAUAAUAUUAUUGUACCAAAGAAUAUGACAAUUAUUAGGAAUUUGGCUCGAGUACCAAAUAUCAGUGACGUGUAAUUAAUAAUCAAUAAUUUUUUAUAAUAACCGUUUUUCUCUACUAGUAGUGAUACUGAUUUAGAGUAGAUAUUGAUUUGUUUACAUUUUUUAGCAUUACAUUGGUUGACUAAGGAGUGUACCAGAUGGUUUUAUGUAAUCUGUGGUUAAGGCUAACUCAAUGGUAUAUAACGUACAUCGUUCACAAAACGUAGCUAAAACAUAAAGCAGCUCAUGUCUUAAGCAACUCAUUCCGCAAACCAAUACAUCUCGACAUGAAUAAAUUAUAAAAUAUUAUAUUUAAUUGAUUUAUCUGUUAAGUGAAAUUUGUAGUGCACCAAAUAUUAUAAUACAAUUAUUAUAUACAACGUAAGAUAGACGCCGAUGAAAACAUAUACAAUCCGGUGCCGGAUCUAAGACAUAUUAUAGUGACGCCCGCAUUUUUCUCAAUUUAUAGAAAAUUUGUCUUUACGAAAAAAAUUUCGUUUUUUCAUUUUUUUUUUUUUUUGAAAAAAAAUUUCAAUGUUGGUCUGGUGUAUUAAACGCACAAAAUGAUGUAUUGUAAAUAAAAAUAUGAACAUAAAAGAUGUUUCGAGGUAUUUAAUAAAAAAAAAAUUAAUAACUAGCAGAAAAACCAAUUUUAAAAACUUGUUUCAUAGGCCUUCUUCUUUGCAACGAAAUCGUUUGUUGCAUCAUCAUAAUUAAUUCUUCGUCCAUUUUUUUGUUAUAUUUUUAUGCUUAGCAUAUUAUUUUGCUCUGUUAUAUAUACAGUAAUAAAUAUGUUUAAAAAUUAAUACACUGUGUAUAGGUUGGUACAGUAUUAAUAUACAACUGCAGUACAGUUAGUUACUGUAACUAAAUCAUGAAGGUUUAAUAUUGUUUUAUUUUUCUUACGGUUCGUUUCUUCUUCAAAUUAAUAAAUUCUUGGCUUUUUUCAUCUUAUGUAAUAAAUGUUGAAGUAACUUUGUACGAACCACGUCAAAGACAAGGAGAACGCUCUGCCCCAUAGACCCGGCACUAAUUGUAUCAAAUACUACAUAAUAUCGUGUAUAAUAUAAUUAAAUAUUAUGUCAGUCUCAU